AUGGCCGAGAAGGUUGCGAUUGACAAGAAGAACUUUUUCAACCACCUGUCCAGUUUCUAUGCGUCAUGGAAGACGGACAAGCGAUCAGGCAACACCCUCUUUGGUGGCGCCGAAUCAAUCAUCAUUCUGAUGGGCAAGACCAACUCCGAUGAGAGCUCCUUUCAGAAAAAUAACGCCAUGCACUUCUGGCUUCUUGGAUACGAAUUCCCAGCUACCCUUUUUGUCCUGACCAUGGAAGCCGUCUAUGUUGUCACCACAUCCAAGAAAGCUGAACUUCUGGAACCCUUGAAGGGUGGCAAGAUUCCGGUUGAACUUUUGGUGACUACCAAGGAUCCUGAAACUAAGACGAAGGCUUUCGAUAAGUGCUUGAAGGUCAUCAAAGAAGCAGGAAACAAAGUUGGCACCCUCCCGAAAGACACAACGACCGGUCCUUUCGCCGAUGAGUGGAAAGGCGCAUACAAGAAUUUCAAGGACAACAACAAGGAGGUGGAUGAAGUCGAUAUCACACCUGCCCUUUCAGCUGCUUUUGCAAUCAAGGAUCCCGAAGAAUUGGUUUCUAUUCGCAAUGCUUCCAGGACAUGCAGUGGUCUGAUGUCGGAGUACUUUGUUGAUGAAAUGUCUCGACUUCUGGACGAGGAAAAGCAAAUGACCCACAAGGCUCUUGCUGCCAAGGUCGAUGGCAAGAUCGAUGAUGCCAAGUUUUUUAAUAAAUUGGCUCGCAUGCCCGCCGAGUUCGAUGCUGAGCAGAUCGACUGGGCUUACGGUCCUGUGGUCCAAAGCGGUGGGGCCUAUGAUUUGAAGCUCACGGCGACACCUGAUGGGAACAAUCUCAAGCCGGGAAUCAUUCUUUCUAGCUUUGGUAUCCGGUACAAGACGUACAACUCGCUUAUUGGACGUACUUAUUUGGUGGAUCCGAGCAAAUCGCAAGAAGCGAAUUACUCCCUCCUGCUCAACGUUCACGAUGCUGUGAUGAAGGAGAUCCGUGAUGGCGUGGUCGCUAAGGAGCUUUACAACAAGGCACUUAGCCUGGUGAAAUCGAAGAAGCCUGAGCUUGAAAACCACUUGACCAAGAAUGUUGGAGCAGGAAUUGGCAUCGAAUUGCGCGAUUCGAACAUGGUCCUCAAUGCUAAGAACAACCGUGUUCUGAAGAAUGGCAUGACCCUUUCUAUCAGCGUCGGUUUCACUGAUCUCAAGGACACUGAAGCAAAGGGCAACGGUGUCUACUCCAUGGUCAUCACCGAUACGGUUCGAGUCGGGGAGAGCGGACCUCACAUCUUCACCAAAGAUGCUGGCGUCGACAUGGACUCGGUCUCCUUCUACUUCGGAGAUGAAGAAGAACCAGAGAAGCCAGUAAAAGAGAAGGAGCCCAAGUCGAGUGCUUUGACCAGUCGAAAUGUGACCCGAACGAAGCUUCGUGCCGAGCGUCCGACCCAGGUUAACGAAGGUGCCGAGGCCCGCCGUCGUGAGCAUCAAAAAGAGCUGGCUGCGAAGAAGACCAAGGAGGGCCUCGACAGGUUUACCGGUACUACUGGGGACGACAAUGGUGUGGCUCAAAAGAAGUUCAAGCGUUUCGAGUCUUACAAACGUGAUAAUCAAUUGCCCACCAAGGUCAAAGACUUGACGGUGUACGUCGACCACAAGGCCUCAACUGUCAUUGUGCCAGUCAUGGGACGCCCGGUGCCUUUCCAUAUCAACACCAUCAAGAACGCUAGCAAGAGCGAUGAAGGUGAAUAUGCUUAUUUGCGUAUCAACUUCCUGUCCCCAGGCCAGGGUGUAGGCCGAAAGGAUGACCAGCCGUUCGAAGACCCGUCAGCUCACUUCGUCCGCAACCUUACUUUGCGGUCCAAGAAUAAUGAACGGCUGGCAGCGGUUGCACAGGACAUUACUGAACUUCGAAAGACCGCCCUGCGACGGGAACAAGAGAAGAAAGAAAUGGAGGAUGUCGUCGAGCAAGAUAAGCUCAUUGAGAUUAGAAACCGUCGCCCUGUCAAGCUUCCCGACGUUUACCUUCGUCCUCCCCUCGAUGGAAAGCGUGUUCCUGGAGAGGUGGAGAUUCACCAGAAUGGUCUUCGUUACCUUUCGCCUUUCCGCAACGAACACGUCGACGUGCUGUUCAGCAACGUCAAGCAUCUAUUCUUCCAGCCUUGUGACCAUGAAUUAAUUGUAUUGAUUCACGUGCACCUCAAGACGCCCAUCAUGAUCGGCAAGAGAAAAACAAGAGACGUGCAGUUCUAUCGCGAGGCCACCGAAAUGCAGUUCGAUGAAACAGGCAACCGUCGCCGCAAACAUCGCUACGGCGACGACGAGGAAUUUGAGGCUGAGCAGGAAGAAAGACGCCGCAGAACCGCCUUGAACCGUGAAUUCAAGACAUUUGCGGAAAAGGUCGCGGAUGCUGGGAAGGAUGAGGGCGUCGAUGUCGACAUUCCUUUCCGAGAGAUUGGUUUCACCGGUGUUCCCAACCGCUCCAACGUCCUCAUCCAGCCGACAACGGAUACUCUCGUCCAGCUCACCGAGCCUCCUUUCAUGGUUAUCACCUUGAAUGAAAUUGAAAUUGCUCAUCUGGAACGGGUUCAGUUCGGUCUUAAAAACUUUGAUAUGGUCUUUGUCUUCAAGGACUUCCACCGUCCUCCGGUGCAUGUUAACACUAUUCCCGUCGAGGCCUUGGAGGGUGUGAAGGAUUGGCUUGACUCUGUCGAUAUCGCUUACACUGAGGGUCCGCUUAAUUUGAACUGGACUACCAUCAUGAAGACAGUCGUCAGUGAUCCGUAUGGCUUCUUCGCAGAUGGUGGUUGGUCAUUCUUGGCUGCCGAGUCAGACUCCGAAGGCUCGGAGGAGGAAGAAGAGUCUGCCUUUGAACUAUCCGAGGACGAGAUGGGUGAUGAGAGCUCCGAGGAAGACAGUGAGGAGUAUGAUGACGAUGCUAGUGCCGACGCUAGUGAAGAUGAGGGAGACUUCAGCGGUGAGGAGAGUGGCGAGGAUUGGGAUGAACUCGAGAAGAAGGCCAAGCGUCAGGACAAGGAGGCGCACAUGGAGGAUGAUGACCGUGGCAAGAAGCGGAAGCGUUGA